GAGUUUGUCACCCCACCCAUUUUUGUACCUCGUAAACCCAAAGUUGGUAGAUGUCCUUUGCCAACGUGGAAAACAGAGAAAACCAUUAGAAGGAAUUCGUCUCAUUUAAUAUAUUUAUCGCUUCAUUUUGACACAGGUUCGUUUCUCCUAGACUUUCUCUUGAGAGGACAUCUGAGCCCACAUUGGAAUCGUGAACAGAGGACGUUUGCGUAAGCUAUUCUAGUUUGGAACAUAAAAGGGAACGAUUUUCCAGGAAUUUUUAAAAUAUGUCCGUUGGGAAGAAAGAGAAUUCUGGCAAGUUGCGUCAACGUUUUCCAAGCAAAAACCAUUCUCCUGAGAUUUCCGCCGUUGCAAAUGAAAAGGAAGAUUUGAAAAAACAAGAUGACAAUACUUCUUCAGUAAAGAGUGACUCUAAGUAUUGUAACCUUUUUGGAUAUGUCUUGGUCCCUCUUUUAUUGACAGUAAUUGCUGGUUUUGUUCGUACUUGGCACAUUGCCGAUAGUCCCAUUGUGGUUUGGGAUGAAGCUCAUUUUGGAAAAUUUGCAUCCUAUUAUCUAAAGCACGAAUUUUAUUUCGAUGUUCAUCCUCCCCUAGGAAAAAUGCUGAAUGCAGUUGCUGGAAAGUUGGUUGGUUACGACGGCCAUUUCGGCUUUGAUUCAGGUGCUACUUAUCCGGAAAAUAUGAAUUACAAGUUUAUGCGACUUUGGAAUGCAGUUUUUGGUACCUUUUGCAUUCCUUUGGCUUAUUAUUCUGCUAUUAAUUUUGGUUACUCUUUUUGGUCUGCUAGCUUAAUUGGCUUAAUGAUUGCUUUAGACAAUCAUUUAGCAACUAUCAGCCGUUUCAUUCUUUUGGAUAGUAUGCUUUUGUUUUUUAUCCUUAGUACCUUCUUUGCUCUUUCCCGGUUUCAUGUUUAUCGGAAGCAGCCUUUUUCGUUUUACUGGUUUAAAUGGCUUGCUUUAACUGGCAUUUGCGUUGGCUGCGUAUGCAGUGUAAAAUUGGUGGGUCUUUUUAUUACUGCCGUUGUUGGCAUCUACACAGUAGACGAGCUUUUCAGACUUUUAAACAACAAAAAAGUCACAUGGACAGCUUACGCAGGACAUUGGCUCACUAGAAUUAUCUUUUUAAUUAUUCUUCCCUUCCUUAUCUAUGCUCUAACGUUUUGGAUCCAGUUUUUAGUUUUGAGCAAGUCUGGACCUGGAGAUGCCCAGAUGCCCUCUCUUUUCCAAGCUCGCCUUGAGGGCUCUCCACUCACAAAGAAUCCCGUCGACCUCAUGUAUGGAAGUAAAUUUACCUUGAAGAGUAGGAAUCCAGCUGGAGCUUUGCUACACUCUCAUAUCCAGACCUUCCCGGGUGGUAGCAAACAGCAACAGGUCACGGGUUAUCAUCACAAAGAUGGAAAUAACGAAUGGGUGUUCCUUCCUGAACAUGGCGUUAAUUACAACUUUGAAGAAAAUGAUCCUAAAAUUCCUAUUAAGGAAGGUAGCCUUGUUCGCCUUGUUCAUCCUUUUACGAACCGCAACUUGCAUACUCAUCAAAUCCCCGCACCCUUGAACAAACGCAUGUAUGAAGUUUCUGGUUAUGGAUUAGGUGAUAUUGGUGAUGAGAAAGACUAUUGGGUUGUGAAGAUCGUUUCAGAUGCCGCUCAUAAAGAUGCUUCCUCCGUCCGAUCUUUGUCUACCGUGUUCCAACUAUACAACCCUAUAAUGGAGUGCUAUUUGAGUUCUUCCACUUCUUCACUUCCUGCUUGGGGUUUCGGUCAAAUUGAAAUGUAUUGUGAUCCUAAUACAGAUGCAAAGGAUAUUGACACUCAUUGGAACGUUGAAGAACACAUAAAUCCUCGUCUCCCUGAAGGAAGUUUGAAGGACUAUCCUAAUUCAUUCUGGAAUGACUUUUUGCACCUUAACCGAGCUAUGUUACGUGCCAAUAAUGGUCUCGUCCCUGAUGAGGAUAAACUAGAUGCUCUUCGCAGUUCAGCCUACCAAUGGCCAUUCUUACUGGCUACUUUACGUAUGUGUGGUUGGGGAGACGAACAGAUUAAAUAUCUGUUAAUUGGGAAUCCCAUUGCGUACUGGUUUGCUACGGCUAGCUUGUUUGGGUUUGCUUUAUUUAUUGUCGGGUCUAUUUUGGGCUGGCGUCGUCACGCUUUACGAUGGAAUGAAAAGACUUUCGAUGCAGUCCAUUUUGCCGGAUUCUAUCCCUUUUUGGGUUGGUUUAUGAAUUAUCUACCUUUCUAUAUUAUGGGACGAGUGCUGUAUGUGCAUCAUUAUGAACCCUCAUAUGCCUUUUCAACAUUUACCGCUGGCUUUAUGGUAGACUGGUUUGCUCAGAAGCUUCCUCGUGUUGCUCGCAUCACAGUUUAUUUAAUGCUUUAUGUCAUCAUCACUGCCGUCUUUAUUUAUUUCAAGGAUGUAACUUUCGGUAUGCAUGGUCCCUCCUCCAAUUUCCACCAUUUACGCUGGCUCAAGUCUUGGAAUGUCCACGAUUAGUUAUAUGAAUGUGAAUUUUCUUCGCCGAAUCUGACACCUAAGGAAAUUACUUUGGCUUUUCGUAAAAAGGGACUUCUUUUUAAUGCGUCUGGAUACUCAUUAUAAUACUGAACGAAAUUCAAUCUUUACUUGUCAAUAGUGAAUCUUAAAAAAUAAAAUGAUUAUUUAUGUCUUUUGAGAAACAC